CCACGGAAAGAGCCGAAGAUGUAAGCUCGGUCAUGUGAUCAGCUGUGUCCAAUCACAGCUGAUCACAUGUAAACAGGGAAAUGCCAGUUAUCGGCAUUUCUCUCCCCACGAGCUGUCACUCUGACAGCUCACAGAUCAUCAGAGCACUGAUGAUCAGUGUGCCCUGAUGAUCUGUGUAGCCCCAGCAGUGCCACCUGUCAGUGUCCAUCAGUGCCAGCUCUCAGUGCUCAUUCAUGCCACCUGCCAGUGCCCAUCAGUGCCACAUAUCAGUGCCACAUCAAUGCCACAUAUCAGUGCCCAUCUGAGCUGCCUUUCAGUGUCACCAAUCAGUGCCAGUCAGUGCCACCUAUCAAUGCCAGUCAGUGACACCUAUCAGUGCUGCCAAUCAGUGCCACCUAUCAGUGCCAGUCAGUGCCCUAUCAGUGUGCAUUAGUGCCGCCUAUCAGUACCUGUCAGUGCUGCCUAUGAGUACCACCUAACAGUGCCAGUCAGUACCGCCUAUCAGUGCCAGUCAGUGCCGCCUAUCAGUGCCACAUAUCAGUGUCAUAUAUGAGUGCUGCCUUUCAGUGACCAUCAUUGAUGCCUGUCAAUGCCCAUCAGUGCCACCUACCAGUGCAUCCUCAUGA